AUGAAGCUUGUGGUUCGUGUGAUCGAAGCAAAGAACUUGCCACCGACGGAUCCUAAUGGGUUGAGUGAUCCGUACGUGAGGCUACAGUUGGGGAAGCACAGGUUCAGGACCAAAGUGAUCAAGAAGAGUUUGAAUCCAAAGUGGAAUGAGGAGUUUAGCUUUAGGGUGGAUGACCUUAAUGAGGAGUUGGUUAUAUCUGUUAUGGAUGAAGAUAAGUUCUUCAACGAUGACUUUGUAGGUCAACUUAGGGUGCCAAUUUCAAUUGUUUUUGAGGAGGAGAUCAAGUCCCUUGGCACUGCUUGGUAUUCUUUGCAACCCAAAAGCAAGAAGUCCAAGAACAAGGAAUCUGGUGAGAUUCGUUUGAGCAUAUAUUUUUCUCAAAAGAAUGCAUCCAUGGAGUCAAAUGGUAGUGAUGAUCUACUAUUACAUCCAAGAACUAAAGAAUCACCUUCAAGAUCUUCCCCAGGCCAUUCAAACUCGUCUUCCCUUUCUAGUGAAGAAAUUACAUCUGCUAAGGAUGAAAAAUCGGGUACACAUAAAACAAUAACAGGUAGAAUUGCUCAAAUUUUUAAUAAGAGCUCUGAUAUAUAUUCAACCCGUAGAAGCAUUGACUUGGACCCAUCUGAAAUUUGUAAAGUAGAAGUUAGUGAGAUGAAUGAUGAAGAUCAGUCCUCUAAUGAGACUUUUGAAGAAGCUAUGAGAAAAAUACAGUCCGAAGAUCAAGGCAAUGAAAUUCCUAGCAAUUUACCAGCAGGAGUGUUUAUUGAUCAACUGUAUGUUAUUGCACCAGAAGACUUGAAUGAGUUGCUAUUUUCAUCAGAUUCAAAUUUUCUCAAGUCAUUGGCAGAGGUACAGGGUAGUACAGAGUUGGAGAUAGGACCUUGGAAGUUUGAGAAUGAUGGGGAGAUCUUAAAAAGAUUAGUUACUUAUGUCAAGGCUCCCAGUAAAUUAAUUAAGGCUGUCAAAGCCUAUGAGGAACACACAUAUUUAAAAGCCGAUGGGAAGAACUUUGCUGUUCUCGCCAGUGUCAGCACUCCUGAUGUUAUGUAUGGGAGUACCUUUAGGGUAGAAAUACUCUAUGUAAUCACACCUGGACCAGAGUUGCCAACAGGAGAACAGUGUUCACGUCUGAUUGUAUCAUGGCGAAUGAAUUUCUUACAGAGCACCAUGAUGAAAGGAAUGAUUGAAAAUGGGGCUCGGCAAGGCAUGAAGGAAAGCUUUGAUCAGUAUGCCACUUUGUUAUCUGAGACUGUUAAACCUGCUGAUCCAAAGGACCUUAGUUCCAAUAAGGAACAAGCUUUGGCAUCAUUACAUGCAGAACCUGAAUCAGAUUGGAGGCUUGCAGUGCAGUAUUUUGCAAACUUCACUGUGUUCACAACAGUUUUCAUGGGGUUAUAUGUGCUGGUUCACAUUUGGCUGGCUGCACCCAGCACGAUUCAAGGGCUUGAGUUUGGUGGGCUUGAUUUGCCAGAUUCAAUUGGUGAACUUGUUUUCUGUGCAGUCUUGGUUCUUCAAGGUGAACGCUUGCUGGGUAUAAUCUCACGCUUCAUAAAGGCCAGAGCACAGAAGGGUAGUGACCAUGGAAUCAAAGCACAAGGCGAUGGGUGGUUGCUUACUGUUGCCUUAAUUGAAGGAAGCAAUUUAGCUUCUGUUGAUUCUAGUGGGUUGUCUGAUCCAUAUGUAGUGUUUACUUGCAAUGGGAAAACAAGAACUAGUUCAAUAAAGUUCCAGAAAUCUAAUCCUACUUGGAAUGAAAUAUUUGAGUUUGAUGCAAUGGAUGAUCCUCCUUCCGUGAUGGAUGUGGUAGUUUAUGACUUUGAUGGACCUUUUGAUGACGCUGAAUCACUAGGACAUGCUGAAAUUAAUUUUCUGAAAGCAAACAUUACAGAUCUUGCUGAUGUAUGGGUUCCCCUUGAAGGAAAGUUGGCUUUGGCAUGUCAGUCUAAGUUGCACCUUAGAAUUUUCUUGGACAACACUAGAGGUGGUAAUGUUGCAAAGGAAUAUUUAAGUAAAAUGGAGAAAGAAGUCGGGAAGAAGAUUAAUUUGCGGUCUCCUCAAACAAAUUCAGCAUUUCAGAAACUCUUUGGUCUUCCAGCUGAGGAAUUUCUCAUCAAUGAUUUCACAUGUCAUUUGAAAAGAAAAAUGCCACUGCAGGGCCGCCUAUUUCUUUCAGCAAGAAUUAUUGGAUUUCAUGCAAAUUUGUUUGGAAAGAAGACAAGAUUCUUUUUCCUUUGGGAAGAUAUUGAAGAGAUUCAGGUCAUUCCUCCUACAUUUUCAUCAAUGGGGAGUCCAAUAAUUGUCAUAACUCUUCGGAAGGGUAGAGGUGUGGAUGCAAGGCAUGGUGCAAAAACACAAGAUGAACAAGGCAGGCUGAAGUUCCAUUUUCAGUCAUUUGUGUCUUUCAACGUUGCACACAGGACCAUCAUGGCUCUCUGGAAAGCCAGAUCCUUGAGUCCUGAACAGAAGGUUGAGUUUGUUGAAGAACAAUCUGAUAGCAAAAGCCUUAUAAGUGAAGAGAGUGGCUCAUUCCUUGAUCUGGAUGAUGUUAGCAUGUCUGAGAUUUAUUCUUGCUCUCUUUCAAUUCCUGCAAGUUACCUCAUGGAGAUAUUUAGUGGGGGCGAGUUGGACCGCAGGGUCAUGGAAAAGCUUGGUUAUCUUAAUUAUUCUUAUACUCCUUGGGUAUCAGAGAACCGUGAUAUCUCAGAGAGAGCUGUAUAUUACAAAUUUGAGAAGCGUAUUUCAAGUUAUAAAGGUGAAGUGACAAGUACUCAGCAAAGAUCUCCUCUUCCGGAUGGAAAGGGCUGGCUUGUGGAAGAGCUUAUGAACCUUCAUGGAGUUCCUCUUGGUGAUUAUUUCAAUAUACACCUUCGGUACCAAAUAGAGGAUUUACCCCCAAAAGCAAAGGGAUGUAGAGUGCAAGUAUUAUUUGGAAUUGAAUGGCUAAAAAGCUCAAAGAAUCAAAAAAGACUUACAAAGAAUAUCCUACAAAAUGUGCAGGAACGUUUAAAGGUGACCUUUGGUCUAGCUGAGAAAGAGCUUUCACCAAAAUAG